UGAUCUGAUCAUAAUUAUUGUGGAAUUCACGGAGAAGAGUUAUAACGGUGACCAACUAAAUCUCUGAAUUUUGCACAUAAAUUUUAAAGAUUUUUGUGUUAUUCUUUGCAAAUAAAAUGGUUAAAGUAUGCAGAGUUGCAUGUUUGACCAGUCUGCCUACAUAUCCUACUUGGUAGAAGAGGCAGUGAACGGGUUAGACAACUCCAAUGUUCCUUCAACCUCCACACAGAGUCAACAACAUAUUGCCACCCCAUCCACACAUACACCCCCUUACCAAGCAGAUUUCAGCUUUCCCAGAAACACAGGUGCACCUAAUUUUCCUCCAUUAAGUAGUGUUAGUUUUAACCCGCAGUUAACUCAGCCACCACAGAGACUACAGUUAUACGUAGCUCCAGUACAACAAAAUAUCCCACAGAAUCCAGUGCCUGUUCCCAACCCAGCAUAUCCUGUAUCAUUUGGAGCUGUAACAAACUACCUACCACAACAGGAGUCCCAGUCAACAAUAAGUUCUCCAAGAUAUCAUGCCAGCUCAUUCUGUCUCAAUCAGCAUAUAGGAUUGGAUGAACCAACCAUUGUGAAUGCUAGUCAAAUAAACAACAAAAUUCAUGUACAGUUUCAGUUUGGCGACAAUGACAGGUUUUCUGUGCAGUCUACUAAUACCACAGAAUCUAAUGGACCCGGUGUGAAUUGGAAAUACUUGGGAACUAAUGUGUCAGAGAGCACAGCAGGUACUGUAAAUCUGAAUAUACCAACUGUUGUUCAACCUGGAAAUGUUCAGACUAAAAAUAACUGCCACAGCAACACUCCUACAGACAUUGGGGACUUCAGUCAGUUUUGUGUAAGCAAUAUUCUAAGGAAAAAUUGUACUGAUGUAGGCAAUACAACAAAUGCUAAUAAAACAGCUGCUUUAAACACUGAAAAUGUAAAACAUGACAGACACGUGGAGGAAAGAGAAUACUUCAAACUUUUUAUGAAGAAAGAGAAAGAGAAAGAAAAGAAUCAAAUAUGGCAUGGGUCAGAAUGGAAUUACAAUAAAAGUGAAGUCAAUCAUAAACUAACAGAAAAGGUUGGAAGUUUGAAAAAGGGUGCAAAUAAAGUGAAAACUGUUGCAGAUACUCAGAGUACCUUGCAAGUAAAUAAGCAAGGCCGUUAUGAAUUUUCUCAAUUGUAUUCUAAAUCAUAUCUUCAGCAUGGAAAGAAACAUAAAACAAAGAAGGAUAAUAGAAAAAAAUCUGAUACUGGAAAGAAAUUAAAGAGAAGUGUGCCAGUCAAAAAGUCCAGAUCUAAAGUAGGAGAAGUUUGCGAGGAAGUAACAUUACUUAAAUUGACAUACCAAUGUGGGGAUUGUACACAAACUUACGAUAACAUUGAAGAUUUAAAGAAGCAUAUCAGUGAAAACCAUAAGGAUACAAAUAAGUCUGGUGAAGGAUCUAGCAAAAGUCAGGAAAGUGAAAAUAAAGUUAUUGAUUUAACUGAAACUGAAGAAACUGAUGAAGUAAGUAUGGCUAGGGAAACAGAAGAACAGGACAUAAUGGAAGUUGAAAGUGAAAAUACAAGUAGUGAUCCGCAGUCUUACUUGUGUUCAUAUUGUGGAUAUGAUUGUAAGUCCAAAGAUGAAUCUGAAGAACAUCAGAAGAUACAUAAAGAUGAGGUAGAUGGUGAAAACCGGGAGAUUGAUUGUCACAAAGAAGGGAGAGAGUAUUUUCAGAUGAGUCAGAAACUUGUUGAGUGCCAAAAGGAAAGGGAAAAUGAAAAGAGAAAAAAUGUAGAAGAAAGAAAUCAUAAGGAAGAAGAGGCUUUUGCUAAAGCAAAGGCUAUAGAAGAAGUCACACUUCAGAAGACACAAAGUUUUUCUCAGGGAUCAAAGACCAAAAAAUCAAAUGACAAAAAUAAAAAUGUCAGUAACUUGAGACUGGAGAGACUGCAGCAGCCAGAGGAAAAAAGAACGUUGACAAAAAGGAGGGCAGCAACACAAGCUAAAAAUACAUUGAUGAAUCCUAGUAAAGGUAAACAGAAGAGAAUUAGAGAUACAAGAAACUUAAAUAAAGAAGACACAAUGCUGAUGGAAAUGUUUGGUAUUAUCCCUAGUAAAGUUUGUUUAAGCAGAGUGCAGAAAUCUGAAAAUUUGGAAUCCCAAAUUGUUAACAGUUCAAGUGAUGAUCUUGGUCAAGAGAAAAGGAUAGAGAUAGAAAGAAAUCUUGAAGGUGGAGAAAAGCAAGUAAUGGAAAAUAAUACAGUUGAAAAUAAUCACUCAGAUGUAGUUAUGAACAUUAGUAACAGUGAAAAUGACACACCAAUUGUAAACAAUUUUGGUGAUGAUCUUGUGCAUGAAAAAAGUGGUACAAAUGGUAAGAAAGAAGAAAAUAUGGAAGGUAAGGAAAUUCAGAUUGCGAGAAAUAAUGAAGUUGCAAAGAAUCACUGGAGUAAAAUUAUUAAUAUGAGUAACAGUGAAAAUAAAGUGAAUGCCAAAGAGAAUAUGUUUGAUGAUAAGGCUUUCAGUGAUGAUGAUUCAGAUAUUGAGAUAGUUGAACCUCCAAUGACACUGAUUGUUCUGGAUGAUGAAGAUGAAGAAGCAGCUACAAAAAAGGAGAGCCCUAAGAAAUCUGAUAAAGAAAUAAUGAAAUCUUUUGGAUUAAAAGAUGUGACAGUAAACAUAGAGAAGACAGAAAAAAGCAAAGUAAAGGAAUCACCUGGAAAAGAAAAAAGUAGAAGUGAUACAGAACUGAUGGAGAAGUUUGGGAUAAAAGAUCUUUCAGUAAGUCUAACUAGUACACCCACUAAAGUAAAACGUAAAAGACCAGGCCCAAAAUCUAAAACGCAAACAGGAUCAAGACAAACAAGAGGAAGUAAGUCUACUGGUAAUGCUGCAGCCAAAAAUAUAGAAGAAAUGUCUCCUAAUGAGAUUGAGAAAUUGCUGUAUGAGUGUGGUAUGGGUAUUUCAGUACCUGUUCAGUCACAGAACACUUCUGAUAAUGGGAAAGAAAGUAACGAUAAAGCUAAAAGAACACCAAGUCCUGUUCCAAGCACAUCAAAGGGACAUGGACACUUGAGGAGAAAGAGAACAGCUAGAAAAUCUACCAAAGACAGUGCAUUGUUUAAAGAAUACAAACUGAAGGACUCUAAGGUCAUUAUUAGGAAUUUAUCCAGAAUUGACAUAUCCCUUCUAAGAAAUCCAAAUUCUCCAUUUGGAAAAAGUGACUGGUUGAAACACAAGUUUGAUUCUGACACUGAAAGUGACUUUGAAUUUGAUAUCCCAACUCCUCCACUGCUAGAAGAUUUUGUCGAAAAUACAGGACCUUCUGGCGGUGAAAGAAUAGAGCAGAAUGUACUGUCAUCAAGAACUGGACCACCAGUCAAGACAGGUAGGAAAAGCCCUGUUAAACAAAAAGAUUUGAAAGCUAUGAAAAAAUUUGGAAUUUGGGAUUCAGUAGUUGUUAUUGAUAGCCAAAAGAAAAAUGAAAAUUCAAAACUUGAUAUAGGUAAGAAGAAAACUCUUUCAGAUGAAGAAUUAAGAAAGAAGUUUGGCAUACCAAAUACUAUGGUUGUAAUAAACACUUCAGAGAAAACAGCAGACAGUUGUAAAAAAGAAUCAAGUGAUAAAAAAGAAGCAGAGAAAACAUCUAGCUAUAUAAACUUUGCUGAUUUCAAGGCAGCACUAGAUAGUGCAAGAAAGAAUGUUCUAAAUAGAAUGAAAACCGAUGAAGAUUAUACUAAGAAAGAAAUGGAAGCUGAAAAAGAUUCACCACGAAAAACAAGAAGAAGCGCUGAAAAUUUUGAAGACAAAGUUGUGCAGUCUCCAAAAAGACAAAAAGUUGAUGCCAAAGGAAAGUUAAAUGAGAGCAUGGAUAUGGAAAAUGAUUCACCUAGAAAAACAAGAAGGAGAGCUGAUGGUAAUGAAGAAAAAGUUGUACAGUCUCCAAAAAGACAAAAAGUUGAAGUUGCAGGAAAGUUAAAUGAGAGCAUGGAUACAGAGAAUGAUUCACCUCGAAAAACAAGAAGGAGAGUUGAUGAUCAUGAAGAAAAAGUUGUACAGCCUUUGAAAAGACAGAAGGUUGAAAUCAAAAGAAAGUUAAAUAAGAAUUUGGAACAAAAAGACAAUAAAAAGAGAAGAAAUGAAAAAGAAACAUAUACCAAACCAAAUAGGAUUAAAACAUCUCGGAUGGAUGCAAAACAGGUAGUAAAGGUUUUGCCAAACAAGCUUAAGACAUUGACAGUUGAUCUUCAUAAAUUGAAAUUAAAUGAAGCUCUUAAAACAUAUAAAGCAAAGGCAGUUUCAAGGGCAAUAGAGGCAAGACACAAGAAAAAUAGAAGCCUUAGAGAAUUUAAUAAGGGUGGCAAUGAAAAAAGUGAUAUAAAUAGCAAAGAGACCCCUUCUUUGUCUCAAAAAAGGCCAAGAAAUAAAGAACCAAAAAUUUUGUCAGAAAAAUCAGUGAAAAGAAAAGGUAUUGGUGUAAAAGAAAAACAAAAGUGCAUGAAAGAAUUGAAGUUUGAAAGGAAAAUUCAAAUUGUGAAAACAGCUCGAUAUAAGCGUGCUGUCCCUGAUACAGUGCCAAAAGAUGAAAUUGUUAAGACAUGUAGCUUGAAACAAUUGACUAAAGGAUUACCAGUUGUGAAAGUAACUGUUCCUUGUCUAACCAGUGAGGAAAUUCUUAGACUUAGUCAAAAUAUUGAGAAAUCUGUUGUCUCAGUAAAGGAGUCUAAAUCUGAAUUGACUUCAUCAGAAGUGGCAAAUCAAAUAUUAGAUGAAAUAAUUGAUGGAAUUUGUUGUGCUGAAGAAUUACCUGAUGACACUGUGCAUCAGUUAGAUGGUGUUUCAGACAUCUGUGGUAGUAAUCCUGUUACUACAGGUAGGGAGAGUGGAGAAAGUGAUGUAAGCGACAAUAGCAAGAAGUCAGUGCCGUCAGAUUCUGAGGGUGUAAAAAGUGUGCAGGAAUCCUCAAACAAACAGGAGAGUACUAGAAAUAUAAAGAAAGAAAAUUUAAAUGUAAUUUCUACUGACGAAUCAGAAUCAGAUCUAUCUCUUAUAUCAGUCACAUUAGAAAACAAAGAAAAUGAAAAUAACACUACUGCCCCUUAUUGUGAGAACACAGAUUUAAGUGAUGAAAAUAAAAGUACAGAUCAUGAAAAUGAUAAUGAAGUUUCAGAUGUGGAAAAGAAGACUGUUAGUGAAAUUGAUGUCAUCCCAUUGGGAAAAAGUAAAUUUUAUGAUGAAGAUGUGGAAGAAAAUUCACUUGAUGAAGUGGAUGGUGAAAUAGUAGAUGGGACUGAAAUGUCACUGGAGGAUGAUGAGGAGAAUGUUCAAAAUACAUUCAGUGGGGAGCAGAUAGAAGAUAGUUGUGAAAUAAAAACUAAACAUGAAGAUAUCAGUCUUGCAGAGGAAGGAGUAAAUAAUGAAGUCAAACACUUUUAUGGCAGCAAAGAAAAUGAUGAUAUCAUUGUGUUAAAGACUUCUCCGCAGAAGUUGAUGAAAACAUCAAAAAUAGUAGAGUGUAUAAAUAAUGAUACUUCAGAUGAUGGUAGUGCAGAAAAGGAAAAUAUAAGUGAAAAAAAUGUAGAAAAAGAAUUGAAUGAUACUGAUAUGGCAAACACAUUAAAAAGUUGUAUAGAGGUAGAGAUAAAUGAUUCUAAAGACAAUAGCACAAAUUCACUAAAACAAAAGCAGGUGUUGAGUGCUAUAAUUGAUAGUGAAUCAGGUUCAUUGAUUGGUGAUGUGUAUUCUGUUGAUGAAUCUGCUGGAAGUUCUAGUGAAGGAGAUCAUGACAAAAAGUUACAUAAGAGAGGAAAGAAUUCUUCAGAUGGCCAGAUAGAAAACUUUUCAAGAGCUUCUAGGUCCAGGUCAACAACUCCAGAUGAUGUUAUUGAGAGUCUUACAGAGAGCUGAUUUUAAAAUAUCAUUUAUAUUUGUUGUAAUUUGCUAGAUGAUUUUCUAUGAAGUUGUUGUUGCAUUUCGAUGCAUUUUUGUUUCUUGUAUGACCUUCUUAAACAUUUAUUAGAACAACAGUUCUAGAUAACUCAGAGAGA